ACACCCCAGUAGCGUUUCUCUCGUGCCAUGUUAUUUUUUAUGAAAGUUCCUUUCUGUUCAAGCAUUGCACUGGUGCCCAGAAUUUCACUCAAUCCGUGGAUGGGUCAUCUUCAAGCAUUAAUUUUCCUUCCUCUGUCUCUGAACCCCAGUUGCAGGUCCCAAACCCGUCUCAAGUUCCUUCUUCCAUAGAACCUUUAUCCUCCACAACUGCUACUCCCUUGGACAACAACGAUAUGCCCCUCAUUACCGAUUCGCCUCCGGCUUUGGACCCCUCCUCUAGUGGCAUUCAUCGGAUGACCACUCGCACCCAAGAUGACACUCACAAACAAAAUCCCAAAUAUGCUCUCACUGUUCAUCUUUCAAUGGAUUAA